UUCAGUGCUGGCAGUGAAUAUCGGAACGCAGCCAUAAGUUUGUUCUUUUCCUCUGCACCGCUGCACUAGUGCAAUAAGUUCGAGUGAGACAAGUAUAUAUUUGUCUCACUUUAACUUAUUGCAUCAGUGCAGCGGUGCAGAAGAAAAGAACAGACCAAUAGUCACCGACGAGAGUACAGCUGAAAGACCAGAUUACUAUUUUGCACGAACCCUCUACGCAUGCGUGAAAUGACGUUGCAGUGACGUAUUACAACCUAUAACCGCCUAUAACCAGUGUCAACAUUCAUGCUUAUGAUAGAAUUUUACUUCUAUAACUUCAUAUUUGUCAACAAAACUAUAAGAUAGUUGUAUCUUAUAAGGUUGAAGUUUCGAUAACACAAUGGUUCUAUUGGGUGAAGUAUUUCCGGACUUUACAGCAGAUACGCAGAUAGGCACGAUCAAGUUUCAUCAAUGGGUGGGCGACUCGUGGGCUAUUUUAUUUUCUCACCCUAAUGACUUCACACCAGUGUGCACAACUGAAUUAGCACGAGUUGCAAAAUUGAUGCCUGAAUUUAAGAGAUUGGGAGUGAAAGUUAUUGCAUUAUCUUGCAAUUCUGUUGAUUCCCACCGUAAAUGGAUAGAAGAUAUAAAAAGUUAUGGCGAGAUAACAGACCAGGAAUUUCCGUAUCCAAUAAUAGAAGAUCAAACCAGAAAACUAGCUACAUUACUAGGAAUGUUGGAUCCAAUGGAGAUGGAUAGUCAAGGAUUACCUAUGUCAGCACGGGCAGUAUUUAUAAUUGAUCCAGCCAAGAAGAUGAGACUAUCAAUUUUAUACCCAGCUACUACUGGUCGCAAUUUCGAUGAAAUAAUAAGGGUAAUCGAAUCACUCCAGCUUACAGAAAAAUACAAAGUAGCAACUCCUGUUGAUUGGAAGAAAGGAGAUGAUGUAAUGAUUCAACCGGAUGUAUCGGAAAACGAAGCAAAAGCUUGCUACAACAAUAUAAAAACCAUGGUAUUGCCCUCUGGGAAAACGUACCUGCGAAUUGUGCCACAACCAAUUGAUACAUAAAAAAGAAUUCUUAUUUCAAAUUAUAUAAGACUAUAUAAGAUUAUAAGGAUUUUUAUGUAAUGACUUCGAUUAAAGCUUAUGGGAUAUAAA